GUGCAGCCACCAAGCAGCCACUUCAACAUACCCGACAACGAUAUCUGUUGCCAAGUCACACAGCUCUCACUGAUAGCAGUUGACCGCGACAUCGACGGGCUUCAUCGAUGCAUACACUUUCGCGGUUUCUUUGGUAUCUUAUACAUGCAACACUCGCUCAAGUCAGUGCACAAGAGUCACUUACUCUCAAUACUUUGUAUUCUUUUUCCGGAGCUUCUCUGUCUAGUGAUCCCACAUUUUCCCUUCCACAGGCUCAGCAGCUGACGGUAUCCGUCGCCAUUUGCUCGACUGGAACGACAUCUCCAGCAUUUUUCGUGAAUAACAACACAGCAUCUACCACCGAUAUUUUUGAAAUCCAAUUGUAUAGCGGAUUCGGGAAUUGGACCGGCACCACACAGCAAGGUGGAUCAUUAGUCGUACAAAAUGUUGGUCAGACCUCAUUCCAAGUUAUUGCAUCGACAGGAGCUCUCGUGCAUGGACUAAUUCCUGCACUCCCAUUCCUCGGAGAUACUACCAAUACACAGGCUCUGAUAUAUUCGCCUCCAUUCUCACCCAUAGAAUCUUCGCCGCCAAUGUAUCCCAACUAUACACUUCUUCCUGCCAACCUUUCAAUCCCUUCACCGCCAUCGUCACCUCCCGCAUUCUCUCUCGUCAUUGCGCCCACUUCCUCUGGUCUUGCAUCUGGCAUGCAAACAGCAUGUAGUAUUAACUCUACAUCCUCCUCAGGCUUGGUAGUGAGUAACGAUCUCUGGUUGCGCAACAGCGAUGGGUGGAGGUCUCAGUGGCUUAUUGAUGACUUGACACCGAGCACAAACUACACUGCAUAUAUUAUCCAGGACCAGGUAAAACUAAGCGGACCCAUAUAUUUCACUACCAAAUCUCCAUCAUUCCCCUGCCCCCUCGUGCACUCCCUUCCAUUUUGUCCAUCUACGUCAUACGCUGUUCCUCUUCCCUUCCCUCAAUCCCCUGCAUCAUCAUACGACUCUUCAAAUCUCCCACAGAGCGUAUCAGACCCCCUUCUCCAGUAUAUGACCAACUUCACGACCAUGCUUCUCACAUUUGCAUGCGGGCGCGACUUAUACUCUCCUUUGCAGACCUGUGAAAGCUGCCAGGAAGCAUAUCGUACCUGGUUAUGUUCCGUGUCCUUCCCGCGAUGCGCCGAGCCCCCAUCAAGUUCUUCCUCGCCAUCGUCCCCAAUGCCGGCAUUGACUUCGCCUCAGAGCGGCUCGAACAAACGCAACUCUUUCCUGCCCAACGUUUCGUACUCGUACCAAACGGUCUUGCCUUGUCUGGAAGUUUGCAGCGCUGCAGAUCGCGCAUGUCCAAUUUUUUUGGGGAUGAAGUGCCCAACUCCACGAUUCAAUGCGGCGUCGAGCUACGGUGUCGGAUUUAUCGACGAAAAACAGGGUGUACUUGGCGGUGGGAGUACAGGUACAGCGCAAGAUCGGUGGGGAAACGUGUGGUGUAAUCCUAGCUGACUUGUGAUGUGUCAACUUACAUAGUAAUUUUUGCUGACAAAGUUUAGAAUUACGAUGAAUGAUGAAUGACUG